AAUUCUCUCCAUCUUCCUCUGUAGACAUAAUAUUCUAGUUCAAUACCUGCAAAAACAAAAGGCACAAGUCUUUAGCACCAGUAGCAGCAGAAGCACAAAAGGAUAUGGCUUCCUUGGCGGCAUCUAGGGCGGCUGGCUCCCUUGGAGUGUCUGAAAUGCUUGGAAACCCACUGAACUUCAGUGGAGCCACAAGGUCUGCUGCUCCUACAUCAUCAACCCCUUCAACUUUGAAGACUGUCGCUCUUUUCUCCAAGAAGAAGGCUGCUCCACCUCCCAAAGCCAAGCCUGCUGCCGUUUCUCCAGUCGACGAUGAGCUCGCCAAGUGGUAUGGUCCUGACAGAAGGAUUUUCUUGCCUGAGGGACUCUUGGACCGAUCUGAGAUCCCAGAGUACUUGACUGGUGAAGUUCCCGGAGAUUAUGGAUAUGAUCCAUUUGGGCUAAGCAAGAAGCCAGAGGACUUUGCCAAAUAUCAGGCAUAUGAGCUAAUUCAUGCAAGAUGGGCUAUGCUUGGAGCUGCAGGUUUUAUCGUUCCUGAAGCAUUCAACAAAUUCGGUGCCAACUGUGGCCCUGAAGCCGUCUGGUUUAAGACUGGAGCUUUGCUUCUUGAUGGUGGCACGUUGAACUACUUCGGAAACUCAAUUCCAAUCAAUCUUGUUGUUGCUGUCAUUGCUGAGGUUGUCCUUCUUGGUGGUGCUGAAUACUACAGAAUUAUCAACGGCUUGGAUUUGGAGGACAAGCUUCACCCAGGUGGUCCAUUUGACCCUUUGGGAUUGGCAAAGGAUCCAGACCAGGCAGCAAUCUUGAAGGUGAAGGAGAUCAAGAAUGGCAGACUUGCAAUGUUUGCAAUGCUGGGUUUCUACUUCCAAGCUUAUGUUACAGGAGAAGGACCCGUUGAGAACCUUGCAAAGCACCUCAGCGAUCCUUUCGGAAACAACUUGCUUACUGUCCUUGCUGGUUCUGCUGAGAGAGCUCCUACCCUGUGAAUGUCAAAUUUGAUUUUCCACUCUGUACCUUUUCACUCGUCAUCUAAAUGCACUGUACAUCAUCUCAUUGAGACAUUAUAAGGGCAAUUAACAUUAGUCCUUGCCCUCCAAGCCCCAAACUAAACUAUGCCCUUCUCCUUUUAUAGAGGUUUGCCAUUAAUUAUUCA